AUGAGGUAUAAACACGAAUUCAGUCAGAAAAUAGAUUCUAUCAUGUUUUCUACUCUUUUGCUACACGAUUAUCAUUUCCUAAACAGCUAUAAUCAAAGUAGGUAUUCACGUAUUGGAUCUAAAUGCGUUGCCAGGGUUGGAGAUAGACUCUGUGGUAUUAUUCAUGGUACAUUAACGUACAUAUUAUUGAUGUAUGUACGUGUGAUAACUGUAGCUCAAUUUAGCAUGAAAACAAUUUCAGAUGACAUAGUCAAUCGACUACGUAGUUGUCUAGGUGUAUCCCAUUACAGAGAGGCUCACGAGAGGACUUACUAUGUUAUGCAUUAAAAUAA